CCCGCCGCCUUUUCAAUUCGUUAACGAGGUCAUUCAUUCCAUAUACUACUCACUUCAGCCUCACUCCACAAAGCAUUCCUUGCGACAACCACCCAGCUUAUUCAGAGAAGCCAUAUGACUUUCAAAUUGACAUAGUCAGAAACGUUGCUGUUUGUAGCCGAUCGAACCCAUCCCAGACAACCACAACCCGACACCCCACGCGAACCUUGGGCGCAUCGCAAACAUGACGGACAAGGCGGGCGUGGACCGCUCUGAUCCGCUGUACAAGGUCGUCAAUACGGAUAAGAAGCGCGUUGCCUACUUCUAUGACUCCGACAUUGGCAACUAUGCAUAUGUUACAGGCCACCCUAUGAAACCUCACCGAAUCCGAUUGGCGCACAGCCUAGUUAUGAACUAUGGCAUCUACAAGUUUCUCGAGGUUUACCGCGCGAAACCCGCUGUCUUCACAGAGAUGACGCAGUUCCACACGGACGAAUACAUAGAGUUCCUCCAGAGGGUGACACCCGACAACAUGGACUCUUAUGUUAAGGAGCAGAGUAAAUACAAUGUGGGAGACGACUGUCCUGUAUUCGACGGUCUGUUUGAGUUUUGUGGCAUCAGCGCCGGUGGAAGUAUGGAGGGUGCCGCCCGACUCAACCGGUCCAAAUGCGACAUCGCGGUGAACUGGGCCGGUGGUCUUCACCACGCCAAGAAGAGCGAAGCCAGUGGUUUCUGCUAUGUCAAUGAUAUCGUUCUCGCCAUCAUCGAACUCCUCCGCUUCAAGAAACGCGUUCUGUACAUCGACAUCGACGUUCACCACGGAGACGGCGUGGAGGAGGCGUUUUACACCACAGAUCGCGUCAUGACCGUCUCAUUCCACAAGUACGGCGAGUACUUCCCGGGAACCGGCGAGCUUCGAGACAUUGGCAUCGGCCCUGGCAAGAACUACGCGGUGAACUUUCCGCUGAGGGAUGGAAUCGAUGACAACUCUUACAAGAAAAUUUUCGAACCCGUCAUUGACGCAGUCAUGAAGUACUACCAGCCCGAGGCGGUGGUUUUGCAAUGUGGCAGCGACAGUCUGUCGGGCGAUCGGCUGGGAUGCUUCAACCUGAGCAUGCGUGGUCAUGCCAACUGCGUCGACUUUGUACGCGGAUAUGGCCUCCCCACACUCGUCCUGGGUGGUGGCGGUUACACUAUGCGCAAUGUUGCUCGCACUUGGGCAUAUGAAACCGGACGCCUAGUGGGCGUAGACAUGGACAGAACACUCCCGUAUAACGAAUAUUAUGAGUACUAUGGACCUGACUACGAACUGGAUGUUAGAUCAUCCAACAUGGAAAACGCAAACUCGAACGAGUACCUAGAGAAGAUCAAGAUUGCCGUGAUUGAGAACCUCCGAAAGACAGCACCUGUGCCCUCGGUCCAGAUGCAGGAGAUACCUCGCCCGAGUAUGGGCAUGACAGAUGAAGAGGAAGCCAUGCUUGACGACAUGGACGAAGAUCAGAACCCUGACGCACGAAUCACACAAAGGCAAUGGGAAAAGAGCGUUGCAAGACAAGACGAAUUUGAGGAUAGUGACGACGAGGACAUGGCACGGUCAAACGGUGCUGCGGCAGUACCAAGGACCCGGCCAUCGAUAAUGAACCACGAGAACCCACAUGCAGACAUGGAAGAUGACUCAGGGAAGCCAGUGACAAACGCAAGCAAGGAAACUGAAAAGGAUGCAGAUGACACGGUUAUGGAGGACGCCGACCCAGAACAAGUUGAAGCACCCGAGAAGCCCAGCGAAAAGCCAAACGGCGACGCCGAAGCUGAAACAGCCAAGGAGGCCGAAGACGUGGAUAUGAUGGACACGGACGAAAAGGCUCCGGCAGCUGAGGAUCCCUCGCCCGCCUCAGACGGCUCCAGCAAGGACAAGGAGGCUGAGAUCAAGAAGGAGGUGCCAGAAACCUCGCGACCGCCAACGCCAAAAGAGGGUGAAACUGCGGAUAAGAAGGACAAGGUCGAAGACGAGCCGAUGGCAGAGGCAGCGACCUCUGCACCUGCUGCCGAGGAAAGUGGGGGAAAGGAAGCAGAGCCUGCGGUCAAAGAAGCAGAAGCCCCCAAAACUACCGACAAGACAGAAAGCAAUGGUGACAAGGACAAGGAAGCUGCCGAGAGUGGUGACAAAGAACCAGAACCAAAGCCUAAAGACACUCCAAAAGCCACAGAGGAGGCAGAGCCAUAAUUAGGCCAAGUCUUGUGUCGAACUUUCAAGUAGACAUGGUCCUAUCAGAUACUUUCAAGCUGAUUCAUUUAGUAAUGGGAUUUGUGGGGCAUGAUCGAAAAGGUAACAAACGAUUGCAUGUGGGUGGUGUCAACGUUUAAGCGGCGAUUUUGGCUGAAAGAUCAAGUGGCACACAGCAAGCACUCAGCGUCCGAGACUGGCCAGAGCCCAGUCGGAACUUUUCUUUGCCUUGCGUGGUCGCUAUGGCUCCUGCCAGAUCGCUUCUAAGCAGUGAAGUUCGACUGGAUACACUAUGAGAAACAUGUCUUAAUGGUUUGCGUGUGCUGAAUAGGGUGUUGUUUGGCGUUUGGGGCGGCAAGCUUUUAAAUUUCAAUUCUUCAUUUUCCUCG